AGUAGAGUAACCCUACGAUAUGACAGCUGACAACGAGAUUUACCAUGGUUGUGAUAAUACUGAUAGGGGUCACUGAACUAUUUUCAGGGGUCGAAAUAAUAUUAUUUCAAAAGUCUGUAAAGAAUGGAUACAGUUAUGACAGCACCGUUUUCGUGUACUCACUGCUUAACGCUCCCGGUGGUUAACAGUUAAAGAGAAACACUGGACGACGAAUUUCAGGAUGGGAAUAACAGGGCAGUCACGGAAAUAUGGAGGAACCAGAAAGUCGAGUGGUUGGGUUGAUUAUUCUCAUGGUUUGUCUCGAUAUCGCAUCCACUUCUUAUGAAAAUAAGAAUUCAGAGAUGGCGAAAGUACUCCAUCGCCCGAUACGCGCAGUUUCAUUUCCUGAAGGCAGUACAAUGGGUCUCUUUUUCGCCCUGGCAGUUCCACUUCCUGAUCCAGACAAGUCUAUUUCACUCUCAUAUUUUUUCGAAGCGUCGUAUCCCCUACCUAACUCCACGAUUCUUGAGCCUUGGACCGAGAGUAAACGUAAAAAACGGGGAAUCGAUAGAGCGCGAAUUUACGGAACACUUGCGAAUAAAUUCGCGAGCCUCGGAUACAACGGAAGAGGCUGCCUUCUCCGAUCGAUCUGCGAAACUUCGCAAUUCAAUUUAGAAGAUAAUGGAGUCCUCGGUGAUAUGAUAAAUGUCAUCCUCACGCCGUCGACUUCUCAACCGGAGGAUCUACCGCAGGACGUUGUCGAGGCUGAAACGAUAGGACGAUGUGGUACCUGCUCCAAAUAUCAUUCCAUCUGUCCCGUGGGGCUAUUCGACUUGAUUGGAAUUCCCGUGUAAAAUUUACCAUUCGGUGUGUGCAAUCGACACACACACAUCAUUUUGUACCCGCGUGUCACUCAAUUCAUUUGAGCAGGUGAAAGGAUUUUUCCAAAAAUUUCAUCCUCUCCCCAAUCGGAAAAUCUCCAUUCUCCCAAUAACAAUCGAUUGAUAUAAA